CGGCCUCGAGUCGUCGUUUCUCGGCACAGCCGGUAAGCACGACCAUGCAAGCUUGUGCUCAGCACAAGCUUGGUCGAAAGCCUGGUCCAGAGAGUCGUCACCGCUGCUGUAAAGCCCCUUUGCUCAGCACUACCGAGAGAUCUUGCGCAUGGCGGCUGGCUGCCCAAGACGUUUCCACAUCCAGAGAUUCCAAUCUCCGCACCCGACUCCUUUGACGCUCCCCAUAAUUCCUACCAUUCCUCAUCCCCUGUCCGGACCAGAGCCGAGCUGAGCUGAGAGCCACGACCAUCACAUCAAAGCAGAAGAGAGGUUUCCUCUGCUAUUUCCCAGCCCCCUGCCUGCCUGCCUCGAGGAGGACGGAUGUGAACAGGCCAGGGGCAGCACUAAGCGCGAUCGAACAGGAUCUUCUUCACGGCGGUAGAUCACAUCACUCCUUUAGAAGGUAGGGUGUGCAGGCCACGUAUACAACAACACGCGAUACUGGAAAAGUGUUCUGGUGGAUCAUAAUUGAGCAGGAUCGCGAUUCACUACGGAAUUGGUAAACGGCACAGAGCAACUUGUUAGUUGCCCUGCUUUGUUUCUGGCAGGUCGGUGAUGCAAUUGCCGGUUUAUUGGUGAUCAGAGUCAACGAACCACUUAGUGUGUCCAGUUGGGUGUCAAGUGGUGUGAUAAGCUCUCGCUAAUCAAGGUUCCUUGUGAAAGUGACGGAGUUGAGCCUGUUAUGCGGUGAUCUGGUGACAAUCAGAAUCCAAGAGGCAUUUGGAGCUAAGAGGAGAUUAGGAAGAGGAGGAAGGGGAAGGGGAGGAGGCCAAGGAGUUGGGGCAUCACCAUUCGAGGGAAUAAAAGCCACGAGUGCGGCUGGCCUAUCUUCUGGCAGAGCCGUGUCGCACGCAGCGACAGGAGAAGAGCCAAGCCGAGGGCCAAUGGGGUCUCACCGAUGUGUGCACUGAACAGACGGUGCUGCUGUGGGUGUCGAGAAGGACAAGAAGUUCGGUCGUGCACGCAGAUCUUCCAUUGCUGCUGCAUUCAAACUCAUCCUCAACAGAAUACGCGGGGGCAGAAAGUUUCUCACUCGCUCGCGCGUUUCCCUCCGCGUUGGGCAAAAGGCGAGAGCCUUCUUUUUUCUGGUUCUGUUUCCAUGUCAAUGACAUGAAACCGCAUGAAGAUGUCCCGGCCCCCGAAACCCAGCCGUAGAGGUCCGGGUUACGAGAUGACGGCUCUGUAAUGAUGGGCGCUGCUCCGUAGCUGGGGCUGUUGUGCGCAGACGAGGACGAGGCUUAAUUGCGCAUUGAAAGCCCCAACACCGCACUGCACUGCACUGCGCUACUUACUGCGCUGUUGUGCUGGUUGGGAAUGAGAGUGACUCGGUACUUCGAGCGAGCAAUGGCGAGGAGGGUGCACAGAUCACAUUCGUCCUGGAAUACCGCUCAUGAGGAAUUUCACUCUCAGCCCGUAGCCAUCCAGAACAACAUCCUUUACAACAAGCCAAGGGCUGCUCUGGUGACCAUACCACAGCUGAGAGAUAAUCCGCUGUUCGAAACGACGCACGACGAAUGCCGACGACUUGCGGCUCCUCGACUGUCGCUCGAGGAGUCGCAUUUCAAGCCCGUGCUGCAGCAACAGCAGCAGCUGCAGCAGCAGCAGAGGCGCACGGGGUCGUUGAGUCUGAGCGCCAAGGACUAUGAGGGAAUAUGGCGAGCCGUCCAGGAGGAUGUUUCGAAAUCGUCGAGCGAAUCCAAGUCCGCUCUGGAGGAUUUCAAGGAGUUCCGCCAGAAGCUGGCGCUUCGAAAACAGGACAUGACGUCGACGAUUGGGCGCUCGGGUGGUGCGAGCUCGACGGGCUCCACUCGGUCGAUGAACAUCUCGCCGUCGCGCCCCACGAGUCCUCUCAAGAGGCUCUCUGUCAUUACCUCGCGCAAAUCCGCCGCCAUCAGUGCGCUGAAUCCGCAGCUCUCGCAGCAGAAGGUGCCUCCUGCAGUGCAGAAAAUCGCUGUCACCAUGCGUGCGGAGGGAUUGUUCAAGCUUCCCAGCCCCGCUUCCAUCAGCCCAGUCCCUCUGAGCGAUCCCCCGACUCCGCCCUUGCGCGUGUCCAGCACCCCACCCACCAAGCGAAGAUUCAGUUUGGGCUCUUAUCGGGUGGAUCAAUUCAGGAAGUCUGCGGACAUGACUGCCAGCUCCACAGAGUUCGCAAGGACGGAUCUCACAUCGAAAUCAGGGGAGAUUCCCGAGGGUAGAGAGGAGAGCGACGAGCAGCAGCAACAACAGCAGCAGCAACAGUCUAGGACGAGUGACGAGGUUAGUGCAGCGAGUGACGAGAUUGGCAGCAGAGGUACGGCAGCCGAUGCUGCGAAGAAAUCAGGGGAGGUUCGGGCUGCCAGUAGUGAAGGCAGAGCCGAGCACCCGAGCAGGAGGUGGGGAGUAAUUUCUUCCAUUAGCGAGAAGAAACACUCUUCCCAAUCUAGUACUACUAGUUCGAUGAGGCUGCCGGUGCCAUGUGGUGGUGGUGGCGGCGGUGGUCACAGAGCACCCAAAACACCGCCCCAACGAGUUGAGGUCCCAGCGAAAAAGUCGAGCAGCUCGUCGACAAGGGACUGGAAAGUGCGCUGCAUACCGAUCCCUCGCCCGGUCUGCUACAGCGCAAACAUCUUGGAAUGAGGAUUGGAGGGAUGUCCUUGAAUGUAUGUAUAGGAGCUUGACACGAGUGACAGACAGACAGACAGACAGACAGAAAGGUUGUGAUUUAGAGUAGAUGCGAGUUAUUUAGAGGCAGCCGGGUAGUUGCGAAGAUCUUCAACUUCGAUCGAGCAAAAGCGGGAGCUAUGUAGCAUUGUAACUUAAUCCUCGCCGAGUCAAUUCGAUGCACUGUACGAGUCCUUGUAAAAUAGACCGUCGAAUCGGAGCAUGACGGUUCCUCAGUCAUGUUCGGCUUUUGGCUUUUCCUUAGGAGAACUUUCUUCAGAACCAAUUCCUCUCUCUUGCUUCUUGUAAAUUUACAGUUCCUCGUCGGCGACGGUUCAUUGCAUGUCUUCGAGUUCAGUCUGACAUAACAUGCCAAGACAUUUCUGGUACUUUCCUCGAACAAAAUGG